AGUGCAUUCGUACGGUAGAAAUUGCGGAAUCACGCGGCAGUCGUUGUCAUUUCCAUCGUCAUCGUCAUCGCCAUCGUCAUCGUCGCCGCCGCCGAGUAAUCCUCAAAGAGUCACACGGUCCUCGCACACGGCGUGCACGUGCAUACUCGCGCGCGGACCAUUCCGCGAUCACACGGGAGCGAACCGCGAUCGUCCUCAGGGAAACGAUGACGCGUGCACGACGUUGAGCGAGGAUUACCUGCCGCCGGAGCGCGGGCUCGACAACGAGGAGUUGGUUUCUUGUCAGGCCCGUUUGCCUGAGUAUCGGCCGGGUAUACCUCCCGGAGAGCUGCCACCCGAUCCAGAAUUCUCCAAGGCGCGCGAGGAGCUAAAAUGGGUACCAGCCAUGGCAUUGGACGGGGAUCUGCUCAUGUACUUGAGGGCGGCCCGUUCAAUGGCCGCGUUCGCCGGUAUGUGUGACGGUGGUUCUCCAGAUGAUGGUUGCGUGGCCGCCUCCCGAGACGACACUACCAUCAACGCGUUGGACAUCCUGCAUACCUCUGGCUAUGAUCCCGGCAGGGCGCUUCAGGCACUCGUCAAAUGUCCUAUACCGAAAUGCUUCGACAAGAAAUGGUCCGAGGACGAAACUAAGCGAUUCGUUAAGGGCCUACGACAAUUUGGAAAGAAUUUCGCGCGUAUUAGGAAGGAUCUUUUGCCUCACAAGGAAACGCCGGAGCUUGUCGAGUUUUAUUAUUUAUGGAAAAAGACACCGGGUGCAAAUAACAAUCGACCACACCGGCGCCGCAGGCAGAGCUCGCUACGACGAAUCCGCAAUACGCGUAACUCACGUGCUGGCACACCGAAAGAAGAGGUACCUACACCUACGAAGGACGCGCAGCCGACGGCCAACAUUAAUGCGAAAGAGGCCGUAUCCGAGGCUGAAACCGUGCCGGUUGGUACUCCGGCCAGCCACAAUCCCGGCGGCGAGAUCAGCUCCGUGACCGAGGACGACAAUUCGGAGGAGGAUAGCGAUUCGCGUGACACCAAUACGAAUGGCACGGCGCACUCGUGCCAGCACUGUUUCUCUACCAACUCGAAAGACUAUCAAGUAGCCGGUAAAGAUCGAUUAUUACUCUGCGCGGAAUGUCGAUCGCAUUUGAAGAAGACUGGAGAACUGCCGCCUGCGCCGCCCUAUCUGUUCCGGCCGGUGCCCGCGGAAUCGCCUGAAAGUCCCGGUAGAAUGCGCACGAGGAAUAAGGCGAAGGAGACACCGAGACCAGCGAGACCGCGACGAACCGGUGGCACAGAUACGCCUGAUCAGGAGAAGCAACAGCAACAGCAGCAACAAACGCCCGACAAGAGUAAGAAAAAGUCGUCUGGUAAAGUAGACACGCCCAAGAAGGGUCAGAAACGUUCGAGUCAGACCGACGACGCUUGCAACGACGAAGAUAAGGACGCGCAGAAGCGGAAACGCGGUGGCGGCGAACGACCUGAUAGUCCGUCCGAAUCUCUCACUACUGACAGUAACUCCCUGAUGGAUGAGCCAGAGAGGGAAACGGAAGGCGACGCAAACGAGAAUCAACCGACACCGCCGACGGUCGCCAGCGUCACUGGCGCGGAAGAGCCCGUGAGUAGUCCGGCCGUCACGACGCCCGAGGAACCGUCCGAGCCGACGCCGGCGUCCACCCCAGUACCGGCUGUGAUACAAAGCCUACCGAUAUCGGUUCCAGUGAUACACAGUUUGGAGAAGAAGCCAUCUGGCUUACUAGAUCAAGAAUCAGUGGAUCAGAGCAAGGUGAUGGAUCACCAGGCGGAGGACGUACCGUUAGCCAUGAAUCAACCAUUAAAGUUGGAACCGAUACCGAUCGAGCCAGUGAUGUCGCCGACGAUGUCCAACGAAGACGUGGGCAAGGAGUCCGAACCAACACAGUUGAAUCUGAGCACGUCCACGCAACAAGUAGGGACGGGUUCCAACGACGCUGGUCCCGCGGUUACAGUUCGCAAUUUGUCACAAGGUAUGCCGCAAGGUAUUAUUACGAGUGUUGGCUCACAGGUGGCUAUGUCGAACUCACAAAUUCCGGUGAUAUCACCCAGUCAACAACAAAAUGGUGCUGGCGUCGGUGGACUGCCGACGAGUCUAAGUAUGCAGUACGUGCAACCACCGCCGCCUUUACCGGUGCAGAACGUGCCGCAAAAUUUAUCGCAGAGCAUGCCGCCGCAGAUGGCACCGAAUAGCAUACCGCCAAGCGCGCAGAAUAUGGGACCAACGAAUCUCCGUAGCCAUGUGUCCGAGAGUUUGCAGAGUGCGCAAACCUUAUCGCAGAGCAUGUCGGGACCACCGCCGUUGAACCUCAAUAUUUCGCAGAGCGUAUCGACCGGUAUCGGCGGCCCAAUGGGCCAGAUGCCAUCAAUGCCGAGUCCGCCCUCGCAGCCGCUCGGCUUGACCGUGAUGUCUUCCGAGAGCAGAAAUGCCGAGAGAAUGGCGGAUGACAGAUUGUCAACGAGUGAGCGGACUCGGGACAAUUCAAGAAUACCCGACUCUCGCAUGGUGCCGGAACGCGUUCCGGAGCGAACGAGCGAAAAUGAACCGGACCGAUCGGAGCCGAGUAAUCUGUUCCAACCGAUACAGUCUGGCGGAAUGCUGCCGAUGGAGAAAUCUGUUGGUAUUUAUAACCUGGCCAGUACACCGCCAAUGGAGCCACAAAACUUGAAGAUCAAGCAGGAGAUUAUACCGCCGGAACCGGAUCCUCUGCAGAGCUUAAAAGAAGUCAAAGUACCGGGCUUUCAGAGCUCCUCUUUCCCCGGUCCGAGCCUGGACAAUAUCAAGAAAGAUCCGGACAGUGCGAAACCGCCGACGCCCAGCAAGCACUCCGUACCGCCUGUUAGCCAGACGGUACCGUCGAUACAGCCAGUCGCGGCAUCGCCGACCCCCACGCCAACUCCGACGCCGAGUCUGCCACCGCCACCGAGUUCGAUCCCGCAACCGGUGAUGCAUCCGGCGCAACAACCGAGCCCGCACAUGGCCCAUCCCUUCCAUCCGCAUCAUCCACUGAUGCACCACUCGUUAUUCACCGCCAUGCACCCGUAUCAUCCUCACGCCUAUCCAGGAUAUGCGCCAGUGGGAGGAUAUCCAUCCUUCCCGUAUCCUUAUGGUCCAGUGCCUCACGCCAUUCCACCGCCUUCCCCGCAACGUAGCCAAGAAAAUAGCAACACCAUGAUGACGGCGCAUCACGCCAGCACGAGCUCGAGCGUUACCAGCAGAGAGGAAGGCGAGAAUCUAAUCGCGAGUCAUCAUCACUCGUCCAAUAUGCAUCAGCCGGCUAAUUUACACCACGACAAACUGCUUACCAUUUCUUCGCACAGCUCCCACAGUCAUUCCUCGUCGCACAGUUCGCACAGCAGCCAACGUAAACCGUCGAUCGUUUCGGCCACCUGUCUAACGUCGUCUGCUAGCUCGGUGCAUCAUCAUCAUCAUCGUCCGCCGCAACCGCAACAAUCGCAGGUUGUGCCGGAACCAAAGAUCGAGCAGGACAUGGAGCCGGAACCGGAAGAGCCUGUUAGUCCCCGCGGACCGUCGCCGGAGCCACGAAUCGAAGAUUCCGAGUGUCACCGUUCGCAGUCGGCGAUCUUCUUGAGGCAUUGGAAUCGCGGUGAGAACAAUUCGUGUGCACGUACGGACUUGGUGUUCAAGCCAGUGCCCGACUCGAAAUUGGCGCGAAAACGCGAGGAACGCUCGCGGAAGCAAGCGGAGCGCGAACGAGAAGAACGCGAUCGCGCCGCCGCCGCGGCGCAGCAGGCCCGAAAGAUGACAACGCCUGAAAAACAACCUGAGGCGUGUAAACCACCCAGUCGUGGGCCCCUCGAGCCCGUGGUGUCGCCGUACGAUCGCUACGCCGCACGUCCUGGUUCCUAUGCCGAUACCCCGGCGCUCAGGCAGCUAUCCGAAUACGCGAGGCCGCAUGCCGCUUUUUCGCCCGCGAGACAUCCGGCUCCACCUGAUCCGAUGCUGCACUACAUCUAUGGACGCGAGGCUGCGGCGGCGCAACGGCUGGAAUUGGAGCAUCUGGAACGCGAGAAAAGGGAACGCGAGAUACGUGAAUUACGUGAGAGAGAGUUAAACGACCGGCUGAAGGAAGAACUAUUCAAGGGUACACCCAGACCAAUGCCACCGGCGCCACCGGUUGAUCCGCACUGGUUGGAGAUUCACCGUCGAUACGCCGCCGCCGGUCUCGCACCGGGACCUUCUGGACCACCUCAAGCCUUACACCAAUUCGGCCUCUAUGGGGCACCUCCGGGUCCGAGUCAACUCGAGAGGGAACGACUCGAGCGAUUAGGGAUUCCGACUGCAGCCGGCGGGGGGCCAGCGGGUGGAGCGGCUGGCCAUCCCGUGGCGGCUCAUCACCACGGCCAGCUGGAAGAACGGCUGGCUCUGGCCGCUGACCCGAUGGUCCGAUUGCAAAUGGCUGGCAUCUCGCCCGAAUAUCAUGCUCACACUCACGCGCAUACGCAUGCGCAUACGCACUUGCACUUACAUCCGGGACAGCAACAGGCCCAGCAACAGGCUCAGCAACAGCAGGAAGCCGCUGCGGCUGCGGCUGGAUUUCCUCUGCCGGCUGCAGCGGGCGCCAAUUAUCCUCGUCCUGGUUUAAUGACGCGUGAUCCUGCCCUGGGGCUUCAUCCAGCGGAACUCCUAGGAAGACCUUAUGCGGACAUGGCGGCGCAUCAUGAACAACUGCAACGGCAUCUCAUGAUGGAACGUGAUCGAUCCCCGCACGCAUCCAUCGUGGCUCAUCACGAGGAGUACCUAAGACAACAGCGUGAGCGCGAGCUUAAAGUUCGUGCACUGGAAGAAGCCGCACGUGGAUCGCGUCAAUAAGCAUAUUUUUAUAUAUACACACUAUAUAUAUAUAUAUAUAUA